AUGUCAACCAGUGCGUCUGCUUCGAAAUUCGAGUGCUCCAGCAAGGGCUGCACUUUCAAAUCGUUUGAGAUUCCCGCAAUUUUGUCCUGGAAAACCCCCAGGGAGACCGGCUUGCUUUUCGUACAGCUCUUGCUUGUCUGGGUCGUCUUUUCGUCCACCCUGACUCUGCGCCUGUUCCUUCGCCUCUCGUACUGGGCUGUGGGUCUGCUUUCUGCUGUCGAAUAUGCCACCCGCAAGCUGAACGGCUCCAAAUCCGGCUUGGUAGCCAAUUACCGCCCGUCCCGCUUCCUCCGCAUUGAAGACAAGAACAUCGAUGCGUUUGCCCAGCAUGUUGCAAGUGGCAUUCGUCGUGCCUACGGCGGUAUUGAGCAUGUUGUUGACGCCCGCAACCCCACCAAGGGCUUUGGUAUUGCUGCUGCUUUCUGGCUCACCUACAAGCUCCUGGGUGCCUUUUCUCUCAAGAGCCUGUUCCUCAUCGCCAUCAUUGGUGCUUUCGCUGUGCCCCGUCUUUACCUUGAAUUCCAGCAGCCCAUUGACAAUGCUCUUGGCCAGGGAUGCCACCAUGUUCACCAGCAGCUCGCCAAGGGUAAGAAGCUUGCCUACGAGAAGGCUGGUCCUCAGAUCGAGAUGGUUCAGAAGCUUAUUGGCACCCACCGUGAUCGUGGUGGAUUCCCCUCUCACAAUGGCAAGGGCGUUGCUCCUUUGAAGGAAGUUCCUGGCUCUGCUGCCGAUACCUCGGCUACGUCUUCUUCGGUCGCUCCUGAGUCCGUUCCCACUUUUCUAGGUAACGUCUCGCUUGACUCUGAAGAGGGUAAGAAAUUCGCCGCUGCUGCUGCCGGUGAGAAUACUCCUCAGUAA